CCCCGGAUGCUGCUGCGGGAGGCGGUGGGUGAGGCGUGGCUCCGCCGAGUAGCGGUGUCCCGGACCCUGCAGCGGGCAGACCCCGUCUGGCAGCCCCUCGGGAGGGCCCGGCCCUGCCGGUGUGUCCCGCUCCUCCCCCAGGCCUCGGCAGACCCGCGGGUGCCCGUGGGCUGAGUCCGCCGUGACAGCCCCGCCACCGCCCCCGCUGAGCAGAGCCCCAGCCCCAGCCCUGUCUGCUCCGAGGGAGAUUUUCCGCCCCCGUUUUCCCAGCUCAUCCCCUUAACCUUACGGCGAGCUCAGGGCUCAGCUCUGGUUUUCGUCUCUGAAAGAGGGAGAGUCCGGGCGGAUCGGGCUUCCCCGGGUGGUGUCAGCCCGGCAAGAUGCUGGACCGCAUCCCUCCCUCCAAGCCCCUGGGAACGAAUGCCUGCCAGUGCUCCCGGACAGACCCCGUCCCUCCUGCAGAAGCCCCUUCGCGCUGCCUGACAGUGCUUCCUAGCGCGGUCAGUGGCCGGUGGGAGAGGCAGCAAGCGUGGCACAUCCCUCGGAGGGAAAUGUGUGUAAUUCACGUGUCAUUUUCCACAUGAGAAGCUCGGGCUGGCUGGAGCAGAAGGGCCCUGGUGAUGGGGCAGGCAGGCAGCCACCUUGCUGUGGGCUGUGGCUGGCAGGGGCUUGCUGCCACGCUGGGAGCGAAUGUACGGAGGUUUCCUGGGGCUGUGGUUUGGGCAACAUUUCUGUCCUUGAUUUGGGUGUACCUGUGUGACACCAUCUCCCAGUGCGACAAGGGCUGGCCUGGAUGCAGGAGGGUUUGAACUGUAAAAGUUAAUUCAGCAAAGCCAGGUGUCGCAGGCUGUGUACAAAGAUCUGUCCUGGCACAGGCCGGGUGCUUGUGUGUGUGAUGCAGGGGAUGCAGAUGGCACACGCCAGACAGGAACUUGGGAUAAGCCUCAGGGAGUGUUUGGAGAGUGUGACCGGUAAGGGACACAGAAGGACUGGAGUUUUUUUAGAGAAGAGAAAGGGAAGCUUCACACCUGUUAACACCUGCACAUAUCUCCCAGGUCUAUCCUGCUGCAAGGGAAGUUGAGCCUUUCCCACCUUUCUCCCUGUAGAUGAGAAGUAAGGGAGCCUUAGUGGAGAUACUGGAGAGGAAACUCCUCAGCAGCAGUUCUGGUGGUACAGGGGCAGUUUUUGUGAGGAGCUGUCUGAGCCUCUGGAGAGGAGAGGGGGAAGAUGUCAGAGCAAGAGGUGUAGCUCAUUUGACCUGGAUCUUCAGGUAUACUUGAUCUGCACUGAGAGAUGUGGGGGUAUGGCUUAGCGGCCCACUUGAGUUGCCUUUUAGCCCUCAGGACUUAAGAAACACCGUAGUAGUUGCUCCAUAAUGUUCUAAAGCCUGGCUUUGGCUGGCAGCCUCACUUGGCACCCUUCAUUUAACUUGAUCUUUUAAACAAAACUUCCAAAUGUCACAAGUGAGCACAUGAAGCAAGGCUGGCUGUCCCCUUGCUUGCUCUGCAGAGCCCGUGAUAAGCUGCAAGCUGCAAAAUAAGCCUGGAAGUGGGCAAAAACCCCAGUCCAUCUCGGCUCCUGGAAAGAGGGUAAGGCCUGAAAAGUCCUCUGUAGAUUGCAGUGGCUUUGUUCUUUAUUCUAAAAGGUGUGUGGUUGUUCAUGGCUUGGUCAGUUCUUAUUUGCUUUCUCUGAGCUGGGUGAGACUGGGGAUAGGGGCCCAUCUCCAGCUGCAGAGGGACACUGAGGUGGCCAGGACUGCCCUUCCCUCACCGUGUCCCUCCAGACAGCCAGGAAGGUGCUGGCUUGGUGACAACAAAUGGUCCUGCUCGCUGUGCUGUGCUGCAGCUGACACAGUGACUUGCCUGGUGAAUCAUAAGUGAAUGCUGAUGAGAGCUGAGCUUUUUGCAGACACCACAGCAUUAGCCCUGCUCCUUGGACAAGCUCCAGCUUGGGCGAUUCCAUUUGGACACUUUCAAUGCUCCCUGUCGCCUUUGCAGGUGCCAGGCUCUGCUCUUCUGCCUGCAAACUCUUGGAGACUUGUUGGGGACUGUAAAACAGCUGCUACUUUCACUCCCUGGCUGUUUUCUUGCUGUGUUGUCUGUAGAGCCUGACUGCAGGACUGUGAAAGAGGCUCUGUUAAUGCCAGGCAGUUGAUUUGACAAUAAAAGUUGGCUUUAUUUUUCCCAUCAGCUCUACUGUGUUGGCUGCCAAGGGCUGACGUAGGACACAGGUGAAGUUGUAUUGGUUUUGGAGUCUUAACAAUUACCAGCUUAACUAGAGUGAUGGUUUUAAGGAUGUGACUAUAAUUAGGUCAAGCUGUCUUGUUUGUUGAAUUCCCAUUCAGCUCCCAAACUUGGUAGUGGAAAUGAACUUGGGGCCUUUUUUAGGGUUGCUGUCUGUCUCCACUGGCAAAGAACAUUUGGGAGACGGCUCUUUUGCUCCUCUCCUUGCUGCCAGGCCCGUGGGCAAAGGCAGAGUGUUGUUAUGUCUCCCUCCCAGGGGCUGCUGAGGGGCCAUGGGGAACACCACCAGUGAGCGGGUGUCGGGGGAGCGCCAUGGCUCCAAGUCCCAGCGCUCAGACGGCUCCAGUGCCUCCCACCCUGCCAAGGAGCACCCACACAAGAUCAUGGUGGGCAGCACUGACGACCCCAGUGUCUUCAGCUCACAUGACUCCAAGAUUCCUGGGGACAAGGAGUUUGUGUCGUGGCAGCCAGAUUUGGAGGAGUCAGUGAAACCAUCCCAGCAGGCUCGUCCAACUGUCAUACGCUGGGCUGAUGGAGGCAAGGAGGUCUUCAUCUCUGGAUCCUUCAACAACUGGAGCACCAAGAUCCCACUCAUCAAGAGCCACAAUGACUUCGUUGCUAUCCUGGACCUUCCAGAAGGAGAGCACCAGUACAAAUUUUUUGUGGAUGGCCAGUGGGUCCAUGAUCCAUCUGAGCCUGUGGUUACCAGCCAGAUGGGGACGAUAAACAACCUCAUCCACGUCAAGAAGUCUGACUUCGAGGUGUUUGAUGCCUUGAAGGUGGAUUCCCUGGAAAGCUCAGAAACCUCAGAUUUAUCCAGCUCCCCACCAGGACCUUAUGGCCAGGAGAUGUACGUGUACCGGCCCGAGGAGCGCUUCAAAUCCCCACCCAUCCUCCCACCCCACCUCCUCCAGGUCAUCCUCAACAAGGAUACCAACAUCUCGUGUGACCCAGCCCUGCUGCCCGAGCCCAACCACGUCAUGCUCAAUCACCUCUACGCGCUCUCCAUCAAGGAUGGGGUGAUGGUGCUCAGUGCCACGCACCGCUACAAGAAGAAGUACGUCACCACGCUGCUGUACAAGCCCAUCUGAGCCGGGGCCUCGCACACUCCCCACGCAGGACACGAAACGCCGCUUGUCUGCACACACUGGGCCACAGGACUGUGUGACAACUGGCCACUGGCUCCAGCCUCCAACCUGGCAGGGACACGGGCCCCGGCAACAAGCUCAGGGCCACUGGGGCUUGUGACGCUAUCCCAUCCUACUGGUGUGGUUCAGCCCUUGGUUUCCACCCACCUGCAGCUUCCCUUGGCUUCUGUGAGUCUCUGGGACCACUUUGCUGCUCACCAGAACAGCCCUUCUUCACGCCCAACACAAAAAGGCCUUCACCCUGCCUGUCUUCUCCAGCCUGUGAGGGCCUCAAGGUGGUCCUGGCACUGCACCCAGUCCAGGUUCCAGGAACACAUCCUGUUCUUCUGAAGGUUGUGCUGCUGCCCUGGUGCUGAAUCUCCAAGGCCACCUUGUCUGCUAGGGACUCUGUGACGCUCCAGCCUGACACCUGCCCCCUGUUCCACAGCCCUGGCUGUGGGGCUGCCCCCCAGCUUUUUAAAACCUCUGCGAGGUUCAGCGUCGAGCCAGCAUGAUGGACAGUACAGCUGGACACAGCCACUCUUACCUGCUGCUUUGAGAGCACCAUCGAGGACUGCAAUGCCCUGUCCCAAAUAUCAGCUGCUUCUGUGGGACAGGGCUGACUUUGUCACAACCAGAGGGGGACUGGCACAUGCCCUGGGAAGAGCAGAGCCAGGCAGGCACUCCAGGACCCCGGCUGCACCGCCUGCUCCAGCAGCAGUGCCGUGGGACAGAGGGUUCUCUAUUUAUUACAGUAUUUAUUGUUCUCGGU